GACAUAUCCCUGCGUGAGUGUUUUUUAGUUCUAUACUACUUCCGAGUAUACUCUCAAACUUCUUCACACUCAAGCAGAAAAGCAAUAUCUAAACCGCGAUCAUAUCUCCGUUCUUCUUCCGCAACCCUCCAUUUGCCAUCUCCGAAGCCGAGCUUCCGAAACGCCGCCCCGCGCCUCAUCAUCUCCGGCCGAGAUAGAGUCAUAUCGCUUGUGAUCGGGUGCUCCCUCCGCGGAUACGACCCAUCAUCAGCCCAAAAUCGCGCAAUUGAGCUUGACCACAUAUCUAUCCACUACCUCGUGCGCAACAACAUCCCGGCACUCUACGGAGUACUUUCCGACACAGCAGAAGCCUCCUGCAGACAAUCUUCGCCUUGCCUCGCAGCAAUUGCCCCGCCUCCCAUCCCGCAUAGAGGGGCAAAGUCAAUUACCACCUAAAUCCAACCCAUAACACAUAUUCAUCAUGGCUGCACCGUCGGAUUCUAGUCUCAAAUUCGAUUCUAUCGAAGACACAAUCGCCGCGUUCAAGAAGGGUGAAUUCAUCAUCGUGCUUGAUUCCCAAGAUCGCGAGAAUGAAGGUGACUUGAUCAUUGCCGCCGAGUCUAUCACCGAUGCACAGAUGGCCUUUUUGGUUCGGUAUACGAGUGGUCUGAUCUGCGCUCCUAUCACCCCCGAAAUCGCCCAACGCCUGGGCCUCCCACAGAUGGUGCUCGAAAACGCAGACCCCAAGGGCACCGCAUACACCGUCUCCAUUGACUCGAGCGACCCCUCUGUGACCACGGGCAUCUCCGCACAGGAUCGCGCCCUCGCGUGUCGCACUCUUGCCUCCCCGACAGCCCGCGUCGACGACUUCCGACGACCUGGCCACAUCAUCCCCCUACAGGCUCGCAGCGGCGGUGUCCGUGAACGGCGAGGACACACGGAGGCGGCGGUUGAGUUCUGUCGGUUGACGGGCAAAGUCCCGGCUGGUGUGAUUGCGGAGCUAGUGGAGGAUGGCGAGCUGGUCGAAGGGGUGCCCGAGAUUCGAGGCAACAACGGUAUGAUGAGACGCGAUGGAUGUCUUCGGUUCGGCAAGAAGUGGGGGAUCAAGGUCUGCACCAUUGAAGACCUGGUCGAGUAUGUGGAGAAGACAGAGGGUGGUCUUUCCAACGGGGAUCAAUGAAAACGACACGAAGGCAUGCAAGAGGUAUAGUUGCGGAUCGGUUUUUCCCUUGCUUGGUUGGCUGUAUAACACUUCCCGAGUGAUGUAUCCCUGCGGGUUUGUGCAUCUGGAAAUGGUUCCUUGGGAUUGUUGUUCCUUGCAUUGUGCGCGGUAUGGGUGCUCGUUUGCGAAUGGAACAUCAAAGAGAGUAAACGGGAAAUAGAUUUUAUUUUUAUGGCUGAUGUUUAUACACUAUACUCAUGAGUCUUGGGUGGUGUAUUGUUAGACAAAAACAUCAUGACGGCUCCGCACUUGCAUCAGAUUUAUCAUUCAUAAAGGGGUUCAAAUUAUCUGGGUAUCGAUUUUCAGUUGUAUAAUAUACAACAAGGGCGAUGAGAAUCGCCGAAAAACAAACACGACCAAGAGCUGCUAUAGUUUGGUCGAAGGCAGCAAACAAA